GAGCUGAGCUGGGACCUCCGCCGGCGUCCGGCAUCCGCGCGCGUGAGAGACUCUGUUCCUGCUGCACACGUUUGUUGCUGGCGUUUGGUCGCAGACGUCGACGUCGUUGUCGCCGCCGCCGUCGUCGCCGUCGGUCCCAGACACUGUUGAUUCUUUUUAGCGUGCUGCCUGCUGCCAGUAAUCGCACAGUUUUCCUUCGACCGUUCGUGGGGCAUAAUCUCGAAUCUCGUUCCUCCUCGAGCCACAGUAGUCAGUCUCAGUUCGGGCGCAGCGCGUGUUGUGUAUUACGACGGCGGCCGCGUCUCGUUUUAUCGCUAUAGUUCUGGUGCGAUUCUCGUGUUGUGCGGUUGACAACGACGGACGACCGGGACCGGACUCGAGUGUUGUUGGCGCGCGCGACCUUUUUUCCGAGUUUUGAACUUUACGCGUUCCGGUAGUUGCCCACUUGCAUAGUUCAACACGGUUCUAAAACACACGGAUGGGAAAUGAUGGAUGUACGCUAUUCUAGUGGGUGGUGUGUUACGGUGAGAUUCCAAAUAUGAACGUGCUGUUUGCUAACAAUUCAAAUAGUGAUAGUGAUAGUAGCGAUCAGAAGACAUUCCCUCUCUGCACAUCGAGGAUCGUCUCGCUUCGGUGGGGUCAGCUGUUUCACGUAGGUUGUGAAGUAAUCCAAGCUAUUCUGUGCGUGAUGAAUUCUUCCACGAUCCGCGGUUUGUGAUUUGUGUCGAUGAUUUGAGCACAUACAAACAGUAUACACUAAACUCUACGGGACCGGACGGAGACGCCGAGACACAUUUCAAAGCCGUCGGAGAAGAUCGCGUGUGGUGCAUUUUUCUGUGCGUUUCUUAUUCUUCUUGGGAUCUCGCUCAUCCCACUGCCGUUCGCAAGUGCGCGAAUUUUCGUUGGCGGCGGCAGUCGUCAGUGGAAAACACUACCGAACCGAGGUGACAGACGCGGGUGGCUUCUUGUUCUGCUGCACGGUGUGCGAAUUUGUGUGUGACGACAGUGACGACGGCGACAAGAAGAUGCUGGUGGUGAUCACCGCCAAACGGCGACGACGAAUGUGGUGAAAAUUUCUUUUCAAAUAUUACAACGUCAAACCACCAUAGAUCAGUAAUCAUCUGAUUCCAUUUACCAAAAACGCUAAUAAACUCACAACCUUCGGUGCAAAGUUUGUGCGAAACUCAUCGGAGCCCAACCGUCAAACCGCUUCUCGACGGUUCACGUGACGAAACGGUGCGCAGCGACAAGCGAUUGUUAUUCCUUUGCAUUCCGAUCUCUCGGAAAGAGGAAACGCAAACACAGUUUCCCAUCCGGACAGCAGCCAUAAUUCACGUAACUGCGCGUAUUUACCCUUGCUGUUGGUUGGGAAAAUCUCAGUCUGCUCCUCAAUUCUUCUUGCGCCGAUGAAGAAUGAUGAUGAUUUCAAAUGGUUGGAACGGCGAAUCAACGUAACUUUAUGCGCACGAGGACUUGAAAUAACUCACGUGGUUCGAUGAAGGCGCUUAGUUUAUUAUUCUUCCAGUCGGGUCGGUUGUUAUGAAAGAGAGAAAAUCGGCGAAGGAAAGUUGCGAAGAAUUCGUUCGUCGGUAGUGCGCGGUGCAGAUCAAACGGUUCCGGUUCAGCGGAUUGUUGGUUAGGGUCCUCUCCGGUUAACUCGUCGCACGCGCGCCUGAAGAUUUGAAUGAGAAACGGAGUGGGUGCUGCCGAGUGCGAAAAACUGGAGCACAGCAGCAGCGGGGGGUCGAGAAGAUGUUGCCGCCGAUUUGCCAAGUUGCGACCUGUGAAAAUGAGCGUUCCGUCGUCAGUCGCGGUUGGGCUAAAAUUAGACAACGGCAUAAAUUAUGUAAAGUGUGUGGCGCUCGAUGCCCGAAAUAACGCGUCGAUCGAGCCAAUUUAUCGCCUGAACAGCCUGAAUCCCCGCAGCCAAGCGCCUGUCUUGCUGGAGAAUCCGCUUGGACGUGGCAGCGACAGUAGCAUUAGCAUAAGUGGUCCCGGUGGUGACGACCUAGUACAACAAGUUCAACAGAAACAGCAGCGACAUCAAGAAGACAACAACAACAGCAGCACUAGCGGCAGUCCCCAAAGUAGACCUCGGGGUCGUCGUCGCGGACGUCGACGGCCAAAGUGUGUCUGGAUGUGGCGGCGCUGGUUCCAAACCCUCCCGUCCUUGGUUUCCUCCCUUCUAGUUUCCAUUCCCGCCAAAUCAUCGAUCUACCGCUUGUCACAGCUGCGACCGCAGCAGAAGAGCUGCAAAGCCCAGAAUUCCCACCAACAUCAACCGAGUGGCACCACCAGCAGUAGCAGUGUUGCCAACCGUGUGCUACAAGAAGAUGAAGAAGAAAAAGAAGAAAAUUGUAAUCCCAGUGCAGUGCGGAGGGGUGGCAGCAGUGAUUGUAAAAGCAGUAGUGAUUGCAGUGAUGGUGUCCGAAGGGGAUGGCAGCAGCAGCGGCCUGCGCGGAGUUGUCACCGAUCUUGGUCGUCGUCAUCGUCGCCAACGCUUGGCGGUAUCUUCGGUGGCAUCGAUGUAAAGUUGGUGCUGGUGAUUAUGGUGCUAAUUGGCGUUAUUGAUUACUCGGAAGCCGGAACCUGCUGGCUGCGGCGGAUAGAGAGCACCGGCAAGUGCAACAAGCUGUUCGCCCGCAACGUCUCCCGGGAGCACUGCUGUCACGCCGGCACCGGUCUCGGAUACAGCGACCGGGACAUCACCGACGUGCAGCUGUUCUUUGUGAACGCUUUUAAUGACGGAAUGGAUUGUUCGUCCUGUUUGGCGAAUGAUAUUUCUCCUUCCACAGAUAGCUGCGAGAAGGCCAAAUGUGGAGUGAACAAGCGAUGCGUCAUGAAGAAGGGCCGUCCGAAGUGCAUCUGCGCGCCGAGCUGCAAGGCCCCGAAGCAGGCCAAAAAGCUGCCGAAUCAGAACAUCAAGGUGAUCAACCUGAGCGACAGCCAAAGAAACCGUAGACAGUAUUUCUCGUCCGGGCCGCGAGCUGCCGCCUCCCGGAUGGGACCCCAAUCCAGCAGCAACAACAAGCGUAGCGUCCGAUUACUGGGCGACGAACCGUCAUCCCACCAGCACCAUUCGAGGACUGUAAAAACUAGCCUAAGUGAGAAAACGAUAAGCCAAAGAAGUAGUAACGGUAAGGUAGCUAACUCUAAGCAUAAGGAUAAUUUAUUGGAAACUGUGACAUUAGUUAAUAGUAGAAUCCGAGGGGAUGACGGUUCGCGUCCGAAGGUGAACCAAACCGACAGGCUGAGCGAUCGAAUGGUGCUGAUGGCCGAUGGCCCAGUCCAGAUCAACAGCUACGCUCGCAAGAGCCGAUCCGAGGCUAAACCCAUUCUGGUCCAAAGUUCCAGUGCCAACGUGCGCCAUCGGAACCGAAAGGUCUCAUCCAAUGGCUUUAAUGAAACCCUUGAAGGGUCCCACCGAACUCACAAUGAGCCAUCGCCAACGGUACGUUCGCAUCAACAUCAUAGUCGCGACUUUGGCAAGCCUCGGCUGUUGCGGUUGGAAACGCCCGGGAAAGACAACCGUACAGUGGAUGCACGAAUUCCUCGGAAGCGACCUCCACCGCAUCUGGAGGAGAUGUUUUAUGUGCCGCAAAAUAGGAGGAGUCGAAUGCGGGCGGAUGAUUUCGACUUUGGCAAUGAGAUAACGCAACACGUGGGAGUGGGAUUCUACAAUCCCGUCUGUGGCACCGACGGCAAAACGUACAAAACCGAGUGCCAGCUGAAGAAACGAGCAUGCCGGCAGGAGAGCACGACCCUAGUGAUGGCCUACAAAGGCCACUGUCAGACCUCCUGCCGGUUCGUCCAGUGCCCGGAUGGAAAACAUUGCGUCGAAGACCAGAACUCCACGCCCCACUGUGUGACCUGCGCCAUCGAUUGCCCCCCGGUGGACUCGCGCUCGCCGGCCUCGACCAAAGCCGUCGUCUGCGGCACCGACGGGAACACCUAUCGGAACGUCUGCGAGCUGAAGCGGAAGGCCUGUCUCAGCGGUCGGGCCAUUCCCGUUGCCUACCGGGGACGGUGCAUCGAAACCGCCACAUGUGAUACGAUCAAAUGCAAGGACCGGCAGCAGUGCCUGACCGAUCUGCAAACCCAUAAGCCCCGGUGCGUGAGCUGCAGCUACAAGUGCCCCCGGGUCAAGCGGCCCCAGCAGACUCGCAAGCUGGGCAAUGGUGGAAAUGGUGGUAAUCCCCACCACCAGCAGCAGCAGCAGCAGCAGCACCGCCAAUCACAACAGCACCACCAGCCGGCGAAUGUCAAACUGUGCGGCACCAACAACCACACCUACCACUCGUGGUGUCACAUGUUGCGGGACUCGUGCAACACCGGAUUCUACAUCGACGUCCAGUAUAACGGAGUGUGCAGCUUCGAUCGAAGUGCAGUAUCGUCCACCGUUUUGACACAAUCGACCAGUGGCGGCAAAAACAAACCAUAGCACCGCCAGAUGUCGCGCAAGCUGGCAACACUGAAGAAGGUGGAUCCCGCCGUUUGGCAACUGUUGGCUUGAAACUUAUACCAAAAACAAUACAAACAAACUUUUAUUCGCAGUAGUAGUUGAUGUUACAAACAUGUAAAAAGUAGAUUUUAGCGCUCAGUGUCUAUAUAGGUAUUUAUGAAGUACUUCCCCCAAGAUUCAGUCACACCAAGGCCGAAAAGUAAGAUAUGCGGAAGCAAAACAAAAUCGUUGUAUAAAUUUUUCAUCGAUCGGUUUUAAUCUCUCCUAGUGGUUAAUGUUUAUGUAUAAAGCGAUCCGACUUGAAUGAAACUGUAUUGAAUAUAUUUAGCGCCUGGUGACGCCAUCUAUUUAUAUCCACUUUGAAAAAGAAAC